AAGCCAUUUUUUGAAGACUUGUGUCUGGAUUCUCUGCAGACGUGACAGACAUUGGAAGGAAAAGUCGCAGCAUGGCAGGACCCACGGCUUCGGCGCAACACGCCGAUCUGACAUCACUCUCUCUGCCGUCAAUUGGGCCUGUUCACUCAACUCCAUCGAAGAAAUCUUCGAUGAGAAAGAAACUCUCUAGGAUAGGAUUGCCUUUCUCAUCCUCGGAGGAACCAGAAAAUGAAUAUGUGGAUAGCAACAUUUCCAUAGAGCAACCCACCGGCAAUUAUACCCCAGCAGAUGACUGCCAGAUGCCAAAUAGUACAGGCGCCUCGUUGGCGAAUCCUGAAUUAUCUUCUCCAGUUCACAGUGCUGUUCUUCCAAACGGGAUGUCCGACACGGCAUCUUCGAACGCAGCUGCAAGAAACAAUGCUAGUUUUUCAAAAUUUAACAAUUCAACUUCUAGUUUGACCAACUCCGUAGCGACACCUCCUCAUAAACUGCCUUACAAAACACCUACUGCGAAUCUGUCUUCAUCCAACGUUCAUCAUCCCAAACAGCAGCAGCAGCAACAAAAUUCAACUUCCUUAUUCUCGAGAAAGCCCGAGUCAUUAUCAAAUUCAGUAAACAAUGCAAAGUCUAUUAGCUUUCAUCAUACAUCCUCUCCAAACAAACCAAGCAGCAGGUAUCUAGCAACUAAUAAUGAUCAUACAUUUGUGAUAUCUCGGGGAGGUAAUAAUAAUCAGCAGCACCCUAUUCUGCCAGCUCCACAGACAUCGGCCCAAAGACCUUCUCAUAGUCAGAUGAACUCAGUAAACUAUGUCAACGAUGACACUGUCUUGUCAAGUUCUAACUCAAGCACCAAUAACAACACCUCUGCCAUUCCGAAGAUCAUUCCACUUUCUCACCUGCCUCAAUUUACACCUGUAAAUCAGGCACAUCAUCAGUCACAAAACUCAAGUGCUGUUUUGGCGCCUCCAACUGUUUUAACACCUGCUUACAAAACACACUCAUCAAGCACGCAAGGUACUGGGCAACAUAUUUACGCCUCUGCAAAUAAUUCAAGCAUCAUGUAUUCAAAUCACAAUAAUGAAUCUAACUCUCAAACAGUGCCAUCGGUUUCUGAUACAAACUCGACUGCAUCCCGCCAAAAAAGAGGUACUGGCCUUUUGCAACAUGCCUACAGGUCCUCCCAUCAGUCGCAUUCAAAUUUAGCUAAUUCAAAAAAUAAAGAAGGUCAAGCAUCAGCAAACAAUACUAUAAAUCUGACAGUUAAUAACAACGGAAAAUUAGACGGAAGUCAUCCAGAUGGUAUCAACUGUUUAGAUUCAAAAUUCCAUUUUAUAUCGCCCAAAAUAUCAAACCAAUUCAAGUCGCUUCAACAUCUGAUUCAAUUAGGUAUUAAGAAACGUUUAGAGUAUCUAGAUAAUGAAAAUUCAGCGCUUCUUUCAGAGAUCACUAACUAUUAUGAUGAAAUAGAGAAUGUCCAAAAACAAUUGAGUUCCCAGGUUAGUGACCUUGAUGGAUUCAUUGCAACUUUAACUUCAAGAAAAGAAGUGGAUCUCAAGAAUCUUCAGCAGCACGGUUUGUUUGAAAAUUUAAAUGAUCUAAACGCUAGAAUCGAAACAGUCAAAGGUAACAUGGACUUGAAAAAAGAGUCUUUAAAAAUGUUUGAGAUCAAGUUGAACACUUUAGCAAAAUUGAAAAUAAACAAUGAGAAUAGAGAUCGUAAUAGGAAACAUAUUGCUUUUGUCUCCAGUUUAAUUCUAGCGCUCCUUUUUUUAAUGAAACUGUUACUUUUUUAACUUGCUCAGCAUCAGAACUAAUUCUUUCCUACUAGUAAACAGCAUUUGACAGUCAUAUGUCUCAUUACUUUUGUAUUAAAAAGUGAGUAACUCAUUAAAUCUAUAAAAUUAUUAAUUCAUACAUAAAAAUGCAUUUUCGAAAGCAUCGUCUUCCAAUGGAAUAACAAAUUCGGAGUUAUUUGAUUGGUCUUUCUUUUUAAGCUUUUUUGUCUUUUCUCCAAGCUUUU